AUGCUUUCCCUUCGCACCAUUUCCCGCUCUAUCCCGCGCUCCUUCUCGCGCUCCAUUGCCACUUCGGCUCUGCGCCCAGCGCUUCCUAAGCCCGUUCUCCAGCAGACCUGGAAGCAGGCUACCAAGCCCGCCUACGCUGCCUUUUCGACAUCUAGCAUCUUCAAGGCCCCUUCAUCUGAAGUCGAUAUCGACCUCCUCGCCAAGCUCGAGGAUGAGCUGAAGCACGAGAAGUCCUCUGACAUCCCUGAAUUCGCCGAGCAGCAGGAAAUCAUCGAUGAGAUUGUUAAGCACGGCGAGUGGCAGGUGAAGGAUGUCGCUGGCGAGCAGGAGGUUAUCCUGUCCAAGAAGUUCGGCAACGAGAACAUCCGCGUUAGCUUCACCGUCGCCGAUAUCCAGAACAUCAGCGAGCAGGAGGACUUCGACGAUGCCUCUCUGACCGACGAGAUGGAGUUCCAGAACCAGUCCCGCGGCCAGCACGCCGAGACCAGCGAGGAAUUCGAGCAGCCCGAGCCCAGCUUCCCUGCCCGCGUUAACAUUACCGUUGAGAAGCCCAACAACGGUGCCCUUCUGAUCCAGACUGUCGUCCAGGACGGCGUUUUCCAGAUCGAGGAGGUCUCCCACUUCGCUAAGGCUGAUCUCGCCCAGGCCCAGACUGCUGAGAAGGACUGGGCUCGCCAGAGCCUCUACGCCGGUCCUCCCUUCGAGAACCUCGAUGAGGACUUGCAGGGUCUCUGGGACCGUUACCUCGAGGACCGUGGCAUCAACGCCGAGUUCGCUAACAUGGUUCCCGACUACAUCUCCGUCAAGGAGCAGAAGGAGUACCUUCGCUGGUUGGAGACUGUCAAGAACUUCAUCGGUGCUUAA